AUGGCAUCGAAUGAACCAUUCAAUUGUUGGAGUGUUAAAAUUAUGCCCAUUCCUGCAGAUACUGCAGUUACUCAAUUAGCUCAAGUAAUAGGUCUGCCAACUACGCGUAUAUGUCUUCCUAAGACUGAUUAUGCGUGGAUUAAUGACUUUGUCAGUAAAGAAGAAGCCGAUAAUUUUGUAAUGAAAACUUCAGGUUUAUGUAUUUUUGGUGCAACUAUUAAAUGUGUUACAGUUCCACCAAAAAGUGACAGAAUGGACAAACGUCGUCUAUCGCGUCAAUUAAAAGCGUCGUCUAUCGGAUCAUUGGAUAAUAUAGCAACUCAACCUCAAUCUAAUCGAGACACUGCAAGAAGACCAAAUGAUAACAGUCUCUCUGGUAUGCCUGUAUCUCUUAUGUCAAUCAAUGCGAGUGGAAGACCUAAUUUUAUAAAAGAUAAUAAGAAACUAGACCAAACAUAUCAAUCAAUAUUAGGACCACGUCAACUGUCAUCUGCUCAUAACCGUUUUGAGAAUAUAAAUGUUAGUUCUACAAACCUAUCCUCUAAUUCACCCACACCCACACCCACCCCAGGCAAAACACUGCUUUCAGAAUCUCAAUCAACACUUCGUAUACCAAGUCCAGCUAGACCAAGACCUUCUUCAGUACAAAGCACCGCCCAACCAGUAGUAGGUACUGUGAAAAUGUGUCCUCAAGACAUUCGAUGUUUUAACGCUGAUUGUCAACUCGAUCAUCCAAAAGGCUGGAAUCCAUGUCAGAAUGGAGUGCAAUGUCGUAAUUAUGACUGUAUAGCCAAACAUCCACCUGGUCGCAAAGGACGAUGUCGUAAUGAGGAUCAAUGCAAGAAUAAAAAUAAUUGUGAAUUUUUACACUCAACUAUGCAUGCAACUGUAAUUGAACUGAGUGAUGCCGAGCAGAAUUUUCUUAAAAAAUUUGGUAAAAAAAUUCUAGAUCAAAUUCGUAAAGAUCCAGGUAUCAAAGAUGUUCAAUUUGAAAAUGAUAAACUUCAAUUAAUAGGAAAUACGUCUGCCAUCAUAAAUAUAAAAUCUUAUUUAACAACAAUACUUUUCAAACAAAAUGCUACGAUUACGUCUGCUGUAAGAAAAUAUUUAGAAGGACGUUUAUUAACAAAGUUUUUAGAAAAAUAUCACGUCGGAAUUUCUUUUAGUGAAAUUAAGGAAGAAGAAGCGUUUGAGGAUGCAUCGUCAAAUAUUACAACUACUUCUGUCACUCGUAAACCUCGUCUUGAACAAUUUACGCAAGUUACAUUAUGUAGUGAUUUAGAAGAUUCAUUAGCUAAAGCCAUCAAAGAAUUAAAAAGUUAUACUUUGGAUAUUCAAUCAUGGAUAUUAACACAAAAUGAAAGUGAAUUUAUUUUAAAAGAAUCACAGAAAGAGAAACCUGUACAAAAAAGGAUGCCAAAUCAUCAAUUGUCACUUUGUAUUGAAAAGUAUUUGAUUAAUCUGGUUCAAUCCAAAGAGAAUUCUGCUGUAAAGAUCAAUGUGAAGUAUAUAAAAGGUGUAUACAAUGUCAGAGUGAAGGGAUUCAAAGUUUAUGUUAAUAAUGCUGUAUCGAAAAUAAAAAAUUGGUCGAAUGAUAAUAUUGAAACUGAAGUACAACUUCCUAUAUCGAAAACAAUGGGAAUUUUCCUUCGAACAAAAGCUUCAUUUGAUCUUAAAAAACUGGAAAAAAUUUAUCGUAUUAAAAUAACAACCAUGUCACCACCUAAGCGCAAACUUGCCGAUGAUGAACAAGAUGAUAAUGAUCAUGAUUGUUUAAAACUGACUGGGUCUGAUUCACGCAUUAAUUCUGCUCAAGUACAUGUGGAAAAUUUUCUCGAUAGUUUAGCUCAACAAGAAAAACAUUUUGAUUGUCCCAGUUGGGAUAUUUCAAAAAGUAUUUCACAAACUCUUCGUAUGCGUCUGAAAGCAAUGGCAACUUCCGAUGAUUGUGAAGUAAUUGGAUGGCUAAAAUUAUAUACACCAGUCGAAAGAAGAGAUAUAACACCGAGAAUUACUAUGACUAUAGUUGGUUUCGAUCAAGAAGCAGUGGAUGGCUUGGUCGAGCAAUGUCAAACUAUUAUA